UUGUUAUUCUGAGUCACUGAGACGAGACGCCAUGAAGGACUGACAUUAAGAUUCAUCUUCAGAGAAAAACCAGACUGCUGCAGGAGGGAACACUGGGAACACUGGGAAUAUCUGGACUUUUACCUGAAACUGAAUCCACAAACCGGAUAAGACGUAAAAAAAGAACAAAGAAUACAGAUUAAAGGAACUUUGAGUGACAGGAAGUGACUCCCAGCUGUUCGUCUCCUCGUCUUCAGAUUCAGAUAAAAUGGCGUCCAAGUUAGAGGAAGAUCUGAGCUGUCCGGUCUGCCUCGACGUCUUUAAAGAUCCAGUCAUCCUGUCCUGCUGCCACAGCUUCUGUAGAGAGUGUGUGAAGGACUGCUGGAAGAAGAAGGAGAACAAGGAGUGUCCGGUUUGUGAGAGGAGACAGUCAAAGGAAUUAUUACCUUCUAACUUUACUUUAAAGAACCUGAGUGAGAGUUUUCUGCAGGAGAGAGAUCAGAGAGCUUCAGAGGAUCUCUGCAGUCUGCACUCUGAGAAACUCAAACUCUUCUGUCUGGACCAUCAGGAGCCGGUGUGUCUCGUCUGCAGAGAUUCAGAAAAACACAGCAAACACACAUUCAGACCCAUCGAUGAAGCUGCUGGACAACACAAGAAGAAACUUCAGGAAACUCUGGAGCCGGUAAAGAAGAAGUUAAAUGUUUUUAAAGAAGUUAAAGUGAAGUUUGAUCAAACAGCAGAACACAUUCAGGUCCAGGCCCGACACACAGAGAGGCAGAUUAAGGAGCAGUUUAAGAAGCUUCACCAGUUUCUAGAAGAGGAAGAGGAGGCCAGGCUGUGUGCACUGAGGGAGGAAGAGGAGCAGAAGAGUCAGAGGAUGAAGGAGGAGAUGGAGGCUCUGAGCAGAGAGAUAGCAGCUCUUUCACACACAGUCAGAGACACAGAGGACGAGCUGAGAGCUGAAGACGUCUCAUUCCUGAAAAACUACAAGGCUGCAGUGGAAAGAGUCCAGCAGCGCCCCCUGCUGGAGGAUCCACAGCUGCCCUCAGGAGCUCUGAUAGACCAGGCCAAACACCUGGGCAACCUGAGCUUCAACAUCUGGAACAAGAUGAAGGACAUGGUCUCCUACAGUCCGGUCAUUCUGGACCCAAACACUGCUCAUCCAGUCCGCAUCCUGUCUGAAGAUCUGACCUGUGUGACACGAGGAAAGAGACAGCAGCUUCCUGAUAAUCCAGAGAGGUUUGAUACUUACAGCUCUGUCCUGGGCUCUGAGGGCUUUAACUCAGGGACUCACAGCUGGGACGUCCAGGUUGGAGACAGUACAUACUGGUUUCUGGGUGUGUUAGCAGAGUCUGGACAGAGGAAGGGAGACAAAGAGUCUGGAUUAUGGUUCAUAUUGUUCAAAGAUGGUAAAUACAGAGCACGCACCCCACCACAUCCAUCCACUGAUCUCUCAGUGAAGAAGAAGCUUCAGAGGAUCAGAGUGAAUCUGGACUGUAACAGAGGAGAGCUGUCCUUCUCUGAUCCUGAUACUAACACACACAUACACACCUUCAAACACACUUUCACUGAGAGGAUGUUUCCAUACAUUAACACUGGUGAUAAACUCCCACUGAAGAUGUUACCAGAGAAGAUCUCUGUGACUGUGUCGUCCUGAUGUCGCUGGUUGUCUUUAUGACAGAGCUCAGAUCUGUUUGGUGUAACUCAGGGACUCACAGCUGGGACACUGUGGGGGGGUAGAGUCUGUCCCUGUUCUCUGAGUGAAGAAGAGGCUGCAGAGGAUCACAGUGAGUCUGACACCAACACACACUUUCACUGAGAAACAGUUUGCAUGCAUCAGAACUGAGAGAAGAACUCCCACUGAGGACUUAACCACUGAAUCUCUGUGACUGUAGAUUUAAAAAAAAAAACAUCUUGAUGAUUAGAAUCAAAUUUCACUCAUUUUUCUGAACCGAUAUUUGAACACCUUAACAAUCAAUGAUGGAUUAAUAAUGAAUAAUUAAUGAGCCAUAAAAAGCUGGUCUUCUUCUCAGUUUCUGUUUUGUUGAAGUUAUUUUAAACAUGAAUUCAUUAAAUACAAUCAGUUUGAAAUAAUUAAACUACGAGGCUCUCUCUUAAAAACAACGUAUUGUCAUGAUUUGGUCUUAUGUAGUUUGUAUUUUCACUUUGUUUCCUAGCUUAGUUUCUAGUCUUUUUAUUUUGUAUUUCCUAUACCUGUGUUUCUUUGUUCUAGUGUGUUUUCUUGGUAAUGUUUCAUUCUUGAGUUCUGUGUGUCUUUUAGUGUUUCAUGAUUUAGUUUGUAGUUGUCCUCAGUGUUUCUUGUAUUGUAUUCCUGCCUCUGUGUGUUUCCCUCCGUGUUGAUGACCCUCAUUGUCUUCACCUGUGUCGUUAGUCUCACCUGUGUCUGAUUACCCCAUGUGUCUAUUUAGUCUCUGUGUUUCUUGUCCUCUGUGUCAGUUCAUUGUUUGUUGGUAUUUGUCAGUUUUUGCUCGUGCUCCUGUGUGGCUCUCUGUUUUUGAUCUGUGUUUUUUUUCUUGGACUUUUGGAAGUAAGUUUUUGUUUAUUAAAUAUAUUUAGUUAAUUCUGCACGUGGGUCCAGUUCCUUGUUUUUCCCCUGAACGUGACACGUAUAACUGUCCUUAUCACCUGUUCUGAGUUUGAGUCUUUCUGGAGCUUCAUCCUGUAAAGGUUCGGCUCUGUGGCUUUGUUAUCAUGUUUGAAAUGUCAAAUAUAAGACCUGAAGACUGUUCAUAUUUCUUUACCAUCUUCAUGUUCAGAGGAUGAAACCUCCUCUGAAGAACGCUUUACCUUCUUUAGAACAACAAAGAGUUUAAAUAUGUGGUUAGUGUGAAUCCUGUUCCUGUAAUCAUUAAUAAAGUUUCUUGAUGUGAA